AUUUUCUUGAUCACCUGAACUCACAAGUCAGAAACCUGAGAAUGUGAGAAUCUGAGAUUUCAAUCUGAUGGCUGUAACCAAAAACAAGACUCAUCUAACUGUACUUUGUAGCAGGAAUUCUGGACCACCUAGUAUAAAGGAAUUUCCACCAAACAUGUCAUGCUACUUUCUUCUUUCAACUUCAAUCUCCAACUACCAGCAAAUGUGGAAGGAAGAAGAAGCGCGAACCAGAGACAUAGCAGAAGAGCGAAAUUGGAGAAGAGCCAGGCCAUGAAAGGAACUUCUUCUUCUUCCGGGGCAACCUCGACUGUCGAUUCCGACUCGCCACCACCGUCACUUCUCGUUCCGGACCUACCAGACGACGUUGCUCUGCAAUGCAUCGCGAGGGUCCCAAGCUUCUACCACUGUGAUCUCUCCCUAGUCUGCAAGUCUUGGCGUUCCAUCCUCCGCUCUCCCAUUUUCUUCUCCACCCGCUCCCUCCUCAACUGCACCCAACACUUCCUCUUCAUCAACGUCCGCAUCCACGGGUCUUCCUUCAAAUGGUUCGUCCUCGAUCACAACCCCAGGAACCCUCAAAACCCUAGAAACCCCAGAAACCUCUCCCCCGUCCCUCCCAUCCCUUCUCAGGCCAUCGGCUCCGCCUUCGCCGUCAUUGGACCCAAGAUUUUCGUCAUCGGCGGGUCAAUCAACGAAAUCCCGUCCUCCAACGUUUGGAUCUUCGAUUCUCGCUUCAAUAAAUGGGAACUUGGACCCAAGAUGCGUGUCGGCAGGGAAUUCGCGGCUGCCGGGGUUGCAAACGGGAAGAUUUACGUCAUGGGAGGUUGCUUGGUCGAUUCGUGGGCUCGGUCAACCAAUUGGGCUGAGGUGUUCGAUCCUGUAACUUGGUCGUGGGCGCCUGUUCCCAGCCCGAUGGAGGUCAGGGAGAAGUGGAUGCACGGGAGCGCGGUCAUCGACGAAAAAAUUUAUGCAGUGGCAGAUCGAGGAGGGAUUGUGUACGAUCCUGGGGAGGCCACCUGGGGCUAUGUGCCGACCGAGCUGGAGGCGGGAUGGAGAGGGAGAGCUGCUGUCGUCGAUGGGAUUUUGUACUGUUACGAUUAUUUGGGAAAGAUAAGAGGGUAUGACGCGAAGGAAGGCAUAUGGAAGGAAUUGAAGGGGGUGGAGAAGGAUCUGCCCAAGUUGUUGUGGGGAGCGAUGCUGGCUAAUGUUGGGGGAAGGUUGUCCGUGGUUUGGGAGGGGAAGGGGGCGGGUAAGCAGGUGGAGAUAUCAUGUGCGGAGGUUGAAGUUUGGAAGGGUAGCUGUGGAGGAUUGUGGGGUUCAAUUGUCUGGUCGCAGGUGAUUCUGGUCAUCCCUGGUGGUUCUUCAAUCGUUCAUUGCUUGGCAGUUGGAUUGUGACCUUCGAUUCUCUGUUCUGCAUUUGUGAACAACCUUACUGAAAGAUGAAGGUGAUCAAGGCUUGGCUUUCUUAUUUGGCAGGUUUCUUUGUUGUUAUUGUAAUUUAUCGUUUAAAAAACACUAGACUAUGGCUUCUGUAUUAUUGUAUUUGAUUUGAUUGUGUUUAUAUAAGAUGCAUGGUUGCUCAAUUCAGAGUUUAGAUGAAUCAAGGCUGCAGGUUUUCA